GCUGUUCAGUAACGAAAGGCUAACAGUGACUUUCUUCUGAUUGCAGUGGGGUCCAGGAAUCUAUCUGUGUUACAAGAAAUCAAUGGCGAAGGGGACAGCUCUGGCAUACGAAGCAGGUUUGAUCAGCCGCUAUCCGGGCACUGAUGCUGAGUCCUUUUCCCUGCCUGACACUGUGCCAGUCUUCUGUCUGCCAAUGGGUGCUACCAUUGAAAGUUGGCCAGCACAGCCCAAGUACCAACUGCCUGUCUUUUCAACCUUUGUCCUGACCGCUGGCACAGGGGAGAAGGUUUAUGGAGCUGCGAUCCAGUUUUUUGAAGCUUAUAGCCGGGAGAAGCUGACGGAGAGGCAGUGCCUGAGUCUCGGAUUACUGAGUCUGAUCGAUCGCAGACCAAUUCACACCAAAUCCAUCCAGACCAAGAAGAGCAUCUGUGUCCUCUCUCAUUGGCCCUUCUUUGACGUGUUCCAGAAGUUUCUAACCUUUGUGUAUCGCUACUCAAUAUCUGGACCCCAUGUGUUGCCCAUUGAGAAGCACAUUUCGAAUUUCUUGCACAAUGUUCCUUUUCCAUCACCUCAGAGACCUCGAAUCCUUGUCCAGCUUUCUCCAUAUGAUAACUUGCUGAUUUGUCAGCCUGUGACCUCGCCACUCUUACUGAGUGGUGCCAGUUAUUUCACUCUGCUGCAGAACCUGGGUGCUGAGAACACUGUCACACUGCUGCUCACCGUCCUUACUGAGCACAAACUGCUGAUUCACUCGCUCCGACCUGCUGUGCUGACCAGUGUGUGUGAGGCCCUGGUCUCGAUGAUCUUUCCGUUCCGUUGGCAGUGCCCGUACAUUCCACUGUGCCCGCUCAACCUGGCAGAUGUGUUGAGUGCGCCCGUCCCCUUCAUCGUGGGGGUGCACUCCAGCUACUUCGAGCUCUAUGACCUACCCCAUGAUGUGCUCUGUGUCGAUCUGGACACCAACACCAUCACGCAGUGAG